AUGUUUUUAGAAGAUAUAAAGGCAGAAACGAACCGAAUAAAUGAGAAGUCAUUGGAUGUAAUAGCAGGGCAGCGAGUAAAUUGUGAAAAAAACAAAGAUCCAAUAGUGUUCAGCAAUUAUUCUCAGUGCAUUUGCGAGUCAAGCGAGGGCAACAGUCUGCUAAGCCUCAAGGAAGAAUGCCAGCAUAGUCAAAGACAUAAAGAAAAAUUUAGACAAGAAAAAUCUAAAGAGAUGUCAGAGGCCAGUGGAGAGACAGAGAAGAAAGGAAAGAGCAGAGAGAAAAAAGAAAAUCCAUUCACAUCAGAUAUAUUCUCAGCAGAAGAAAGUCAGGAAAGUAUGUACGGUAUACCAGCAUUCAAAUAUGGAGAAAGAUUAGGAAAUAUGUACAGUAACCAUCUGGGAGGGGCUGGUAUAUUAGAAAGAGAGCUAUUACUAUCUGAGGGCAAAGAAAGAAGUACUGACGAGAUUGAUAGAUCAAAGGAAGAAUUUGUAGAAAGUCCUAUUGGCAUAUAUGAAGCCCAUGCAGUAGAUACUGUUUUGAAAAGAAGAAAAAUAAAUGAAAAAGCAAGUCCAUCUGCAUUGGGUGGAAUAUCGUGUGUAGAUGAAUCAGAAGAUGGUUUAUUGGAAACGAUGGACCCGCUUCUAAAACAAAUGGCGAUAAAUCAGACAUUAAUGCAAGAGAGUAUGCAGGGUAUACUUGGUGAAAGUAAAAUUUCUGAAGAAAAAGCAGACAGUUCAUUUGGAGAAAUGUGUGCAGCCAAAGAGGGCCAGUGCGGAGAGGAGAACUAUCAAGAAAGCAUGCAAAAUCUACAGGCUCAAAUGAUUAAGCUGAUUACAGAUCAAAUAAGAAGAGAAGUGGCAACAGCCCACUCAAAGACGGUAGCUUUAUACAAAGAGAAGAUGCAGGCUUUAAACAAGACAAUAAAAGAGCAAACAAGCAUAUUCCAAAGUGAGCUGGCCAGAAUAACCGCAGAGUCUGAAGUAGAUCAUCGGAUGAGCAGUAAGGUAGAAGCGCUAGAGAGCCAGCUGCUGGCAGUUCAAACGAGUCUAGAUAAAAAGACUAAGGCCAUGCAGGAGCAAGAGUGCCGGUGGAUACAAAAAUCGAUCAAAACCGAAUCAACACUCAAGGAGAAAGAUGCUCUAAUAGCCAAAAAAACAAGCGAGGUUGAGGAAAAAGCAAAAGAAAUAGCAGACCUCAACAGAAUGCUUGCCUGCAGCAAAACAAAAACAAAAGACUCUCCGGGAAUAAGCUCAUUGCAGAUGAAUGAGCUUAGAAACACAGUUAGAGCACUGAAAGGCGAGAUUGAAAAGAUGAGCAUAACGUAUGCGAAUAGUGUCACAGACACUUCUUCCAACUUAGAAAAUGUAUCGGACCAAUCUCGUGCCAACAUUCUAUUGGAGGCACCAUCUAAAGAAUCAAGCAGAGAGCAGGCGAGCACUAAAAAAGAAGAAGACUUUGCACAAAAAGCACUUUUAUCUGCGCACAAGUUCACAAGCAUGAACUCAAGUGAGGACGCACAUAUGGAAAGUGAGCCAGAAGAAGAACUUCUUCUACUGAAAGCAGAUGAGAAAGAGAAAGAAGCAGCAGUCAUUAGCAAGAGCGAAGCAUUCUAUAAUAAGCCGAAAAAAGAAACAGCCAAAUCGAACAAAUCGCAAAAAAAACCAGAAGUGGUAAAUAACAUUUUCUACUUCUACCGAAUAAAAGGCGUUCCAUCAACUACGCGAAGCAUUCCUCUGCCUGCUCUUAGAAAAGCAUGGUGCUCCUUGGCAGGCAUAAAAACAGGAUAUAUGGGAUUUAUUGUCCAGCUUUCUAACAAGGAAAUACAGCUGGCAAUUCCAAAGAAGUAUGAAGAGAAUCUUAACCUAAUUGCUGAGUCAUAUAUAAAACUGGGAAGAAAGAAUGCAUCAGUUGAAGGGCCAGUUGAUCCGCUCAAGUUUAAAGAUAUGCCCAGAAAAGACUUACUAAACACUUUGAAGGGGUAUGCGCUCCAAUUAGUUAGUAAUGUUGACAUGAAGCACAUAGACCUAUAUAAAUUUAGUGAAAAGGUUCUUUCAUGCAAGACAUAUGAAGAGUUCUAUGAAAAGAUGGACAUAGGAAUCCAUCCAGAAUAAACCAGGCCAGAAUUAAUUAAGUCAUACGGUGCUAAUUUAAAAACCGCCAGGUAAAGCAAUUUCCUAGCAGUUUCUAAACUAUCAAAAUAUUGCAUAGGUAUCUGUUUCUACAGCAAGGCUGACUCUAUGCGUCUUAAUAAAUCCAUAGCACACCAGAAAGGUAUACAUACUUUUCCGUU